UGCGAAUCACCCUCCUCUCUCGCGUAGUGCCUCGUGCAAUGUUCAGGUUGCGUCAACGAGAACGCCUGUUUGUUUCCUUGUCGAUUCCUGCUCUCCAAAACCCUAAUUUCUCUUACUUUUCUGGAUUUUCUCGUUGCUCUGUAGUUGGACAAUGACAGCUGCAAUAGCCUCUCCGCUGGCUAUUUCUUGUUCUAGCCGGCGCAAGGAUCAAAUAUUCAGUUAUUCAGUAUCAAUCACCAGAGCCACGUUUUCUUUCGCUGUUGUUCCCUCUCACGAGUCUUCUUCUUCAUCUUCUUUAAAGUUCUGCUCAUUUCUCGGCAAUUUCCGUCAGACCAGCGAUGAAAUGCUGACAAGCUUCAGUGCUAGAGGUUCUCAGUUUCUGCCAAGGUUUCUGUGUCCUGUAUCUUGUGAAGUUGAUGGUCUCAAGGAGGAAGAUGCCAAGAAACGAAGGCCAGAAUAUGCCAUUAAAGUGAAAUCGGAUGAAUCAACCAAUAGGCAUGUAUUAGAUAUCCAAAAUUCAGUCUCAUCUGAACGGAAGAUGUUGAGGAUGGAAAGAAAUGCCAAGCGUCUCAACAAUAAUGCGUCACAGAGGAACAAAAUCGAAUAUUACCAGGUCAUCCAAUAUCCUCUGAAAACUGAGUCUACAAUGGGGAGUAUAUUACGUCACAAUACUUUGGUUUUUGUUGUUCACAAAGACGCUGACAAGAAAAGCAUAAGGGAUGCUGUAAAGAAGCUGUUUAAGAUUGAAAUGAAGAAAAUAAAUACGUCAAUCAUGCCUGAUGGGACGAAGAAAGCAUAUGUUGUGCUGACACCAAACCAUAGUGCACUAGAUGUGGCAAAAAAAAUCAAAGCCAUUUAAAAUAUUGAUUCUCCAUCUUCCUUUCCUUACCAUGCCAACCUGGUGGCUAUAUAAUGUGCUGGAGUUAGAAACUAGAAGCUUAUGAUUUAUAUUUGUAUGCAGGUGAUCUUAUGCUGCAAUGUUCUUUAGUCUUUAUAGGUACAAAUUUGUAGUUUCACCUUAAUUUUGACCGCUCUCUGGGACGUAAGUAUUCAAUCAUUGUGGUUUUUGCCUAAAUGUCCUGUAUGCAUGUACAUCUUGGUUCAACGCGGCCUUCAUUUUCCCCCAAAUAUUGGGAAAAACUCGUAAUCUGUGGGAAAUCAUAUUCUUUUAAGUUACAUUCAAAUACUUGAUAACAGGAGGAUGGCUUAUAAUCGUUUCCCAAUUUAUGUUUGUGUUGUAGGUUUGUAAAGUUGACGACAUGGAGCCAUUUGACACUUGGCUCUCAAUUGGGCUGAUGUUAUAAUGCAGAGAUUGGUUGGGAGAAGAUAGUGGAAUAUUUCAGACACUUCCUAGUUCGUACCAACUACUGACAAAAGUGCAAGGCACAUUAAGUCCUUUGGCUCUUAUCCUAAUUUUUAUCAUUUUCUCAAAGGUCGCUCACUGAUUCUGCUUUAUAAAAAAUGAUCCUCCCUGGGACCUGGUGGAUCUUGCUUUAAUAUUUCACAAGCAAUUUUGGUGAGACCCCUUAAUCCUCCUUAUCAUUUGGCUUCUUUUGAAAAUUGUCCUACUGCUAGCCUCCUUAGCAAGGGCACAACAUAAUUCUUCCCUCUGAACUUUUUGUUUUCAUUUUUCCUGCUGGAUAAAGGGAAAAAAAGACAAGUGGAGCCCCAGCUUUUGAUACUCCGUUUCCUUAUAAAUCCAUAACCAGCACUACCAGCUACAGAUAAAGAUGAACGCUAAUGUCUGGGUAACCUAAACGUAUGACACCAUACGGUUCUAAGUUCUAACAAACCCUUGAUUUUGCAAAAGUGGUACAACGACAACAACAACACUAUACUCGUGUAAUCUCAAAGGUGGUGUUUGAGAAGGGUGGUCUGAAUGCAACCUUACCACUAUCUUAUUAAGGUAUAGAGGUUGUUUCCUAGUGUAAUUUCAUAAAUGGAGUCUGUAAAGAUUGUUUUGCAAAAGUGGUGGAUUUUUUUAAAACAAACUGCAUCAAACAUGAUC